CAAGAGGAUGUGCGUAUGCAGUCCAGAGAUUGAUCAGAGUGCACAAACAACACGCUCCUGGUGAAGACCAUGAAGCCCAAGUCUCUCUGUGUCCCGCGGCUUGGCCUCUUUGAGGAAGGCAGAUACAGGCGACAGGUCGAUACCGGCGCACCGGAGCAGAACCAGAGAGAGAAACACAGAGAUCUGUGCUUCACUUUACUGCCAGAGAGAUCUCCAUAUGAGCCUUUAGUGGAAGACGACAGCCAACACAAACUAAAGGAGGAAAAGAAAGCAAAAAAGAAAGAAAAGUAUAAAAAAUACAGAAAGAACGUAGGAAAGGCUCUUCGCUACAGUUGGAAAUGUCUGAUGUUGGGUCUGCAGAACUUCACUGUGGGAUAUUCCACUCCUCUUUCUGCUGCUGCUUCAGUUGUCCCAGAUUUCCAUCCGGGAGGAGCCUGGGGUUGAGACAAUCUGUGACCAGCAUUUGUACUUUAUUUGUACCUUUAUGGACCAUUUAAUGCUGCAUGUCCAGAUGCUUAUUAAAAAUGGACAAUACAUCUGCCCUGGGCAGCUUUACCUGUCAUGCUAUAAAUUGUUCAAUUGUUGUAAAUAUCUUCUCUUUGAAUUUGUGUUUUCAUCUUGCUUUAGUGAUUUACAGCUAUAAGAAAGGCAUGGAUCUCUUUUUACUCUCAGAUCUAUCUGUAUAUAUUUUGCUUUGAUUGAAAGAAUAUGAAUUUCUGUAUUGAAGUAAUGAAAUAUUUUUGUAUUAUAGAACUAUAGGCUAUACUGAUAGUGUUGAUACUGUAAUUAUUUCAUGCAUAGCCUGCAAUUUUUCUCUUUCACUCUUUAGCAAGUUGCAAGUGAUAUGGUCACCUGAAUUCAUGCUGCAUAGAUGUAAUGAUGACAAAGGUGAAAGUGAUUUAGACUCUUAACUAGAAGUGAAAGUGAAAGUGACGUGACAUGUGGCCAAGUAUGGUGACCCAUAGGAAUUAGUGCUCUGCAUUCAACCCAUCCUAUGUGCACACACACAGCAGUGAACACACACACACCGUGAACACACAACCGGAGCAGUGGAAGAGAUAGGUAUGUUUAUGCUCUGUAAAGUGAAUUAAAUGACCUCUGAAAUGUUGUAUUUGAUUUAGUCCAUUUCAUGGACAAAAGAUAGGAUUUGCUUGACAUAAGGAAGCUGAAUGCUCUUAGAGAGGGAAGUAGCACGAGUCCUGAAUGGUCUGACUCUGGAGAGUAGGGAUAUAGUGUCUCUGAUCCAUUACCACACUAGAUGGCGGUAAUGCUCUUUUAAGAAUGCAAACCGCCAAUAAACUCAAAGAAGAAGAAGAGCGGGAAGCAAGAGCCUUAAAGACAAAGGAUUGGAUUAUGAGAAACCACAACAGGAAAAGACAGUCUGUCACAGGGCAGAGAAAUGGCUGUGCUGUGACUUGUUUAAUAGGGUUAGUGAAGCGGAGUGUCUGUCAUGCUUGUAACACCUGUUUAAAAUGAAUCAUAAGAAAUGUGAUGGAAAAACUUUAAUAAAUGAAAAUUCUGA